ACUUUGUAUCCAGUUAUGUAUAAGAAGCGCGGUGGCAAGGCUUUAUUCACCCUCCAAACCCUUCAUCAGCCGACGCCCACUUCUUCGGGACCUUGGAUCAGCAUACCAUCAUGUCUGGAACGCUGCCCUAUACAAGCCCAGUCAAAGCUCACUGGUAUCGAUCGACGUUUUUCAAUGCCACGGUUCUUGGAAUUACCAAUUUCCUUGCACCUGGGAUCUGGGGUGCUAUGAACUCUUUGGGUGCUGGAGGUUUACAAAAACCGUAUCUCGUCAACGCUUCUAAUGCUUUGACCUUUGCCCUCAUGGUCAUAACGGCAUUCCUCGGCAGCUCGAUGGUGAACAGAUUCGGUAUCAGGGCUACUUUGUCCUUCGGUGCUGCUGGCUAUGCGCCCUAUGCGGCUGGGCUCUACUGCAACAACGUAUACGGAACUCAAUGGUUCGUCCUGGUCGGAGCGGCAUUGUGUGGUAUUAGUGCGGGCACAUUUUGGAUGGCCGAAGGUGCUGUGGCUCUGAAUUAUCCUGAGGCCCAUAACCUUGGCAAGUUCAUCGGGUAUUGGCUAUCCUACCGUGUUGGUGGUCAGAUUGUUGGUGGUGCAAUCAAUCUUGGACUUAACGCGAAUCGCUCGCAAGCUGGUUCAGUGUCGCCGAAAGUAUAUAUCAUUUUCAUCACACUUCAGGCGCUUGCUCCUUUCACUGCUUUGUUAAUCUCCCCUCCGGAUAAGGUCCAACGGACAGACGGAACACCAGUACAUCUGAUCAAAAACAGCAAUUUAAAGCGCGAAGCGAAAGACAGCUUGCGGCUGUUCUUCUCCAAGAAUUUCCUUCUCGUCAUCCCUCUCAUCACACAAGCCGUAUUUAGCGAAGCGUUCAACGGCACAUAUCUCACUCUGCAUUUCAGCGUCCGCGCGCGUGCUUUAGGUUCUUUCCUUUCCGCAGUCGUGGCCAUCAUUUUUGGGAACAUUCUUGGUCGCUUCCUGGAUCGCACAACAUUGCCCCUGAAAUUCCGUGCUCGAACUGCAUUUAUCGUGGUUCUGGGUCUUCAAGGAUGUUGGUGGAUCUGGUCGACGAUUAUACAGCACGAAUAUCAAAGGACUGGCGUGGUUCUCGAUUGGUCAAGCCCUGGAUUCGGAAGGGGAUUUGCCUUGUAUCUAUUCCUUGUCGGAGGUUUCCAACUGAACUACAUGCUUCUCUUCUGGAUCGUGGGACACAUUGCUGAAGAUGUCGAAGGUGCUUCACGCAUUGCCGGGCUCCUGCGCGCUACCGAAUCUGCUUCGCAGUGUGUCAGCUACGGUCUCAACUCUAUCUCGUCGUUGGCAACGUUGCCGACGAGCUCCAUAAACUUUGGAUUGUGGGGCGUCAGUCUUGUCCCUGCUUGGCUUGUUAUUCGACAGAUUGGAGUUAAUUUGGAAGGUAGACUGGAGAGGGAGGCUCGUUUGGCCGAGCAAGCCACUUAUGAUACGGAUACGAAAUUAUCUGCCGACGCUUUAGAGUAGAUAGAUUACUUUUUCAUCUCACGAAUCACGAUUACACUAAGGGUUUACAU